AAUUUUUUUUGCAACGCAACGGACUGGCGAAACGCUGCUGAAAUUAAGCUGAAAACCGUGUAAUAAACCGCAAGCCGUGGCAAAACAGCGUCCCGCAGCCGAGGCGCAGCAAAAUGUGAUGUUUGCCGGGCACAGCAAACGCUCGGCGACCGCAAACACAGUGCAAAUCCAGAGCCUCUGACCUGACCCCAAGCGCGUCACCCGAAAGAGGGAGAGACGGGAGCGAGAGCGAGACAGGUAGCGAGCGCGAGAGAGAGAGAGUGGGAGGGAAAAACUAGCGCUGCCCCGAAGACGUUGGAAUUUCGUGAACCGUUGUUGUUGCUGCUGCUGCAGCCCAGCCAAAUAACGGUAGAGAGACGGCAACAACAAACACCAAUGACAAAGUGAAACUGACUGCGCUGCCCACUAAAAAAACAACCACAACAACAACAAUAGCAAACAAAACAUACGGAAUUAGGAAGAGCAAAACUGUGAUCUAUUUUUUUCAUUUCUGGGGGCAAUUGUUCAAUUUGGCUGUGCUCGGAAGUAAAUUUAGUCAACUCGUUACGCGUAUUUGCGGUGUUUGGCAACGCUUUUUCCAGCCGACGACUGGAAAAUCAAUUCUUCGGCCUGCCAAAGGGCAGCAACAACGAGCAGUUGUUGAAGUUUUUCAUUCUGCUGCUGCGGCCCAGCCCAAAACAAAAAGGCAAAGAAGAAGAAGUGGAGGAGAAAUAAUAAGAAGAAGCAGCAGCAGCAGCGCAGCCGGAUUUGCAAAUAGUUGCCGCAACCGGAACCGCAACGAUGGCGUACCGGAAGCCCAGCGAUCUGGAUGGAUUCAUCCAGCAGAUGCCCAAGGCGGACAUGCGCGUGAAGGUGCAGCUCGCGGAGGAUCUGGUGACAUUCCUGAGCGACGACACAAACUCGAUAGUCUGCACGGACAUGGGCUUUCUGAUCGACGGCCUGAUGCCGUGGCUGACGGGCAGCCACUUUAAGAUAGCACAAAAGUCGCUGGAGGCCUUCUCGGAGCUAAUCAAGCGACUGGGCAGCGAUUUCAAUGCCUACACAGCCACAGUUCUGCCGCAUGUGAUCGAUCGGCUGGGCGACAGUCGGGACACGGUGCGCGAGAAGGCUCAGCUCUUGCUGCGCGACCUCAUGGAGCACCGCGUGUGUCCGCCCCAGGCGCUGAUCGACAAGCUGGCCACCAGCUGCUUCAAGCACAAGAACGCCAAGGUGCGCGAAGAGUUCCUGCAGACGAUAGUGAAUGCGCUGCACGAGUACGGCACCCAGCAGCUGAGCGUGCGCGUCUACAUACCACCAGUUUGUGCCCUGCUCGGCGAUCCGACGGUGAAUGUGCGGGAGGCGGCCAUUCAGACGCUGGUCGAGAUCUACAAACAUGUGGGGGAUAGGCUGCGACCAGAUCUCCGGCGGAUGGACGAUGUGCCCGCCUCAAAGCUGGCGAUGCUGGAGCAAAAGUUCGACCAGGUCAAGCAGGAGGGCCUUCUACUACCUUCGGCCCUGAAAAACACCAAUGGCAAUGGGAAUGGCGUGGGCCUGGACGAGGCGGACAAUAUUGGAUUGAAGGAGCGACCCACGCGGAUGAUUAAGAGGCCACUGCACUCGGCUGUCUCCUCAUCGCUGCGCUCCAAGCCGAGUGUGAACGAUGUGAGCGGCGAUGCCGGCGCCGUGACCAUGGAGACCUUCGAGUCCAGCUUCGAGACGGUCCCACAACUGAACAUCUUCCACGCCAAGGACAUGGACGACAUCUACAAGCAAAUACUGGUGAUUAUCAGCGACAAGAACGCCGAUUGGGAGAAGCGCGUGGAUGCGCUGAAGAAGAUACGAGCUCUGCUCAUACUAAGCUAUCACACGCAGCCGCAAUUCGUGGCCGUGCAGCUGAAGGAGCUGUCGCUGAGCUUCGUGGACAUCCUCAAGGAGGAACUGCGCUCACAGGUGAUCCGCGAGGCGUGCAUCACAAUCGCCUACAUGUCCAAGACGUUGAGGAACAAGUUGGAUGCCUUCUGCUGGAGCAUUUUGGAGCACCUAAUCAAUCUGAUACAGAACAGCGCAAAGGUCAUAGCCUCGGCUUCCACCUUGGCUUUGAAGUACAUCAUAAAGUAUACGCACGCGCCGAAGCUGCUCAAGAUCUACACGGACACCUUGAAUCAGUCAAAGUCGAAGGACAUAAGGUCCACGCUCUGCGAGCUGAUGGUGCUGCUCUUCGAGGAGUGGCAGACCAAGGCGCUGGAGAGGAAUUCGGCUGUCCUUAGGGAUACUCUAAAGAAAUCCAUCGGCGAUGCGGACAGCGAGGCACGCCGGCAUUCCAGACGCGCCUACUGGGCUUUCAGGCAGCAUUUCCCCGAGCUGGCGGAUCAGGUUUAUGGCACUUUAGAUAUAGCUGCCCAGCGCGCAUUGGAAAGAGAGCGAGAGGGAGGUGGAAAUGUUGCUCCGCCGGAGACCAGACGCACUGUAUCCCGCAUUGGCCGAACUCCUGGCACGCUGCAAAAGCCCACGCCCAGUAUGCGAUCCAUUUCGGCGGUGGACACGGCGGCGGCUCAAAGAGCCAAAGCCAGGGCGCAAUAUACCCUCUAUUCGAGGCAAAGGAAGCCGCUGGGCCCGAGUAAUUCUAAUCAGGCACCGAUGACGGGAGCAGCGGCCAGUGGAUCGCUGCCCAGGCCACGUUUGAAUUCCAAUAGCGGCACGCCGGCCACCACGCCGGGAUCGGUAACUCCGCGGCCCCGCGGACGAGCGGGUGUAUCGCAGUCGCAGCCAGGAUCACGUUCCACCUCGCCGAGCACCAAGCUGCGGGAUCAGUACGGCGGAAUAAGUAACUACUAUCGCGGAGCCACCGGGGCCAUACCCAAAAAGGCCUCGGGAAUACCACGAAGCACAGCCAGCUCGAGGGAAACGAGUCCAACUAGAUCGGGAGGCGGUGGCCUAAUGAAGCGCAGUAUGUACUCCACAGGAGCGGGAUCGCGACGAACGCCGGAGAGGAACAAUCCCGUGCGACCAUCGGCGGCAGCUCGACUUCUGGCGCAAUCCCGCGAGGCGGAACACACACUAGGCGGCGCCGAGGAUGGUCAACCGGACUAUGUGUCCGGGGAUUACAUGCGCAGCGGUGGCAUGCGGAUGGGCAGGAAGCUUCUCGGUCGCGACGAAUCGGAUGACAUUGAUUCCGAGGCCAGUUCUGUGUGCUCAGAGCGAUCCUUUGACUCCAGCUACACUAGAGGCAAUAAAUCCAACUACUCGCUGAGUGGCAGCCACACCCGCUUGGACUGGAGCACGCAGAGGGCGCCCUUCGACGACAUCGAGACCAUCAUUCAGUUCUGCGCCUCGACGCAUUGGUCCGAAAGGAAGGAUGGACUCAUUAGCCUCACGCAGUAUCUGGCCGACGGCAAGGAACUCACGCAGCAGCAGCUGCAAUGCGUACUCGACAUGUUCCGCAAGAUGUUCAUGGACACACACACCAAGGUGUACUCGCUGUUCCUCGACACAGUCACUGAGUUGAUUCUGGUUCAUGCACCCGAGCUACACGACUGGCUGUUCAUCCUGCUGACGCGACUGUUCAACAAACUGGGCACCGAUCUGCUCAACUCGAUGCACUCGAAGAUCUGGAAGACGCUGCAGGUGGUGCACGAGUACUUUCCCACGCAGUUGCAGUUGAAGGAGCUAUUCAGGAUUAUCUCGGACUCGACGCAGACGCCAACCACUAAAACGCGCAUUGCCAUUCUGCGCUUCCUUACGGACCUCGCGAAUACGUACUGCAAGAGCAGCGACUUUCCCAGCGAACAGAGUCAGGCCUGCGAGCGAACGGUCUUGAAACUGGCCCAACUGGCGGCGGACCAGAAGUCGAUGGAGCUGCGCUCCCAGUCGCGGAGCUGCCUGGUUGCUUUGUACAACCUGAACACACCGCAGAUGACGCGGCUGUUGGCCAAUCUGCCCAAGGGCUACCAGGACUCGGCCCGCUCCUGCAUUCAGUCGCACAUGCGGCGGCAAAGCCAAAGCGGUAAUUCGGGUGCCAAUUCGCCUAGUAGCUCACCCCUGAGCAGCAGCAGCCCCAAGCCGCUGCAAAGCCCGUCUGUGGGUCCAUUUGCCUCGCUGCAGAGCCACCACCACCAGCUCAGCCUGAGCUCCACUAGUCCCCGCUCGCGGCAGUCGUCCGUGGAGCAGGAGCUGCUCUUCUCCUCGGAGCUGGACAGCAUUCAGCAUAAUAUUCAGAAGACCUCUGAGGAGAUCCGGCACUGCUUCGGCGGUCAGUACCAGACGGCGCUGGCGCCCAAUGGCUUCAACGGACACCUGCAGUAUCAUCACGAUCAGGGGCAGCAGGACUCGUGCGCCUCCCUGUCUUCCAACUCCAAGACGCAGUCGUCGGCCAACACCACGCAGUCGAAUACCCCGGAAUCGGCCACCAUGCGUCUGGAUAACCUAGAUCACCGGGAUAGAGCCAGCCAGAAUGCCAAGUCGCCGCAGCCGACGGGCGAUGCCAAGGUGCACAUGGUGUCGCUGAGUAUGACGGAGAACGGUGAGCUGAUCCUGCCCAGCGACCUCAUGGAGAGCGAAGUGGUGCGCGUGGCCCUGACCCUAACGAAGGACCAGCCCGUGGAGCUGCUGCAGACGUCGCUAACCAACCUGGGCAUCUGCAUCAAGGGCGGCAACUGUGAGCUGCCCAACAAGCACUUUCGGUCGAUCAUGCGCAUGCUGCUCAACAUUCUGGAGGCGGAGCACACGGACGUGGUGAUUGCCGGCCUGCAUGUGCUCAGCAAGAUAAUGCGCAGCCAGAAGAUGCGCCACAACUGGAUGCACUUCCUCGAGCUGAUCCUGCUGAAGAUCAUCCAGUGCUAUCAGCACAGCAAGGAGGCCUUGCGGGAAAUCGACGCGAUGAUACCGAGGAUAGCACCCUGCCUGCCGCUCGAUCUGUCCAUCAACAUUGUCAAUCCGGUAAUUGCGACGGGCGAGUUCCCCACCAAUUUGUGCGCCAUCAAGAUCCUGCUCGAGGUGACCGAACACCAUGGCUCGGAGAUUACGGACGCCCACCUGGAUAUUGUGUUCCCGAAUCUGGCGAGAUCGGCGGAUGACCUGCAAUCGAUGGUGCGCAAGGCGGCGGUCUUCUGCAUCGUCAAGCUGUACUUUGUGCUGGGCGAGGAGAAGGUCAAACCGAAGCUGUCCGUGCUGAAUCCCAGCAAGGUGCGGCUGCUCAACGUGUACAUUGAGAAGCAGCGAAACUGCAUCAGCGGUGGUGGCUCCACCAAGAACUCGUCGGCGGCGUCGUCCUCAUGAUUGCGGGAGCCUCUGCCAGGAUUCCUGCACCAGCACCUUAAACAAGACACGGACGCAGUUGCGUCCCUCGGCCUACGAAGAAAGUGAGGAGCGGCGGACAUUUAAUGAUAUAUAAUGCAUAAACUAAUUAUUUAUAACUAAUUAUUACCGAUGAUCCAAUAAUUGUGUAAUCGAUGCGUAUAUAAAGCAGACGCAAAGCGA